GACAGCAGCGCCGCUUAGCCCCGCCCCUCUCCCCACGCUCACCUAAGUCACAAAGGUAAAGGGGAUCCGCGGCUUCGUUCUCCGGGCCGGGCACCGUCAUGGCCGAAUCCCAGCUGGGCAUCCUGGACGACUGCCAUGUCAACGAAAAGGUGCCGGAGUGGCGACCCGAGUUUUACUACAGCGAGGAGCAGCGGGCGGCCGUCGAACAGCUGCUGCGGCACGGCGAUGGCGCCUUCAAGAUGCAGCUCCGCGACGACAACGCGAAGGACUUCCUAUCGGCCCGGGAGGUGAAGACCAUCCGGGACACGCUGCAGCCCUACGCCGCCGACAGCGACGAUUCGAGCUGCGGCUCCCCCACACACUCGGGGCUUCCCUCCACCUACUGGCCGCAGCUGUCGGACACGGAGCCGCCGCCUCUGGACAUUGGCUGGGCGGACGGGGCGAUUUACAGAGGAGCGACCCGGGUCUCGGUUCACACGCAUCCGCCCAAAGACAGGGGACCGCACAUCAAAGAGGUGGCCCGCAGGAUGAUCCAGGAGGCCAGUAAGGUGAUUGCUGUGGUCAUGGACCUCCUCACUGACCUGCAUAUCCUCCAGGACCUGCUGGACGCCAUCCUCAGGCGGGGCGUGUCCGUCUAUGUCAUCCUUGAGGUCAGAGGUGUCCCGCACUUCCUGGACAUGUGCAGCCGGCUGCAGGUCACCGCGCCGCACCUGCGGAGCAUGCGGGUGAGGUCUGUGCAGGGCUAUGGCCUGGCCCUGUCACUGGGGCGCCUCCCCGGCUCCCUAGGCAGUAAGUACAUGCUGGUGGAUGGGGAGAAGGUGAUGUUCGGCUCGUACAGCUUCACUUGGAGCUGCUCCCGCUUGGACAGGAAUGUGGUGACCGUGCUGACAGGCCAGGCGGUCCACGUGUUUGACGCCGACUUCCGGGAGCUGUACGCUGCCUCCCAGCAGGUGGACCUCUACAAGGAGUUCCACAUGGCCAAGCCAGCUCUGCCGGCGCCCGUCUGGCCUGCGCUGAACCACAGGGUGCCCCCGACGAUGCCAGCCUCCCGAUUCCAGCAGGAGUCUGGCCAGGUCCGGCUCAAGGUGCCGGCCCACAAGUACCACAACCCCAAGUACUCCUUGGUGGUGGGGAGCAGUUUGGGCUUGGCGGUUUCCCUGCAGGACCUCACCAUGAUCAGGGAGGCCCUGGGCACUGAGGAGACGAGCCCUGACCCCCAGGAGGUCAACCAUCAGAACCAUGACAGAUUCUCCCUUGGGGUGGAUAGCAGUGGUACGGCAACAGCCAGUGGAGUCAGAGCGAUGAAGUCACAUGCCUCCUUCAGGAACUUCCCGAAGGGGAGGCUGGCCAAUCAGAAUGGAGUGGCAGAGGGUGAGGACACGCCCACCCCUUCAAACCCCUCCCCCGACACGGACGCACCAGAUAGUGCCGACUCCGAGGAACUGGACGAGGACGGCUUCAAGGUCAUUUUCUCGGAGAUGCCGGCGCAUCUGAAGGGGAAACUGAGAAAGCCCUCAAAGAUGAACCAGAGAAGCAUGUCCCUGCAGGCGGUGAACGCGGUGGAUGAAGGUACGUGGCGAGUUACCGCCGGCGGGAACACACAAACCCCCGGUCAUUCUGUCUCUCUUCUCUCCCCAGGCUUUAAAGGGCGUCGGCGGCACUCGAAGAAGCCUUGCAUCCAGUCCUGAGUAAGAGAAGGCGGGGGAGGUCCAGCUCUGACACCCCCGAGACUUCAGUGGAUAAAAGGCAGGAGCAGGCGUCUGUCUGUGAAGUCUGGCACUGUGUAAGCGUGGAACCACACGCAUCCCGUUCAAAGCCGGUCUGAUGUUCCUGCGGCACCCUUUUCCAUUCACGCAGAUGGCAGACACCCCCCGCUGGCCCUGAAAAGUGGUGCAGUCCACAAGGUCAACAGUAUCACAUGUCACGGGUGGCAACUUUGUAGCAUGACAAAUAUUUGGUUACUAUGUUGCCAUGUUUCACACAUCCUGGGGGGGGGGGGGGGGGCAGUCUAAUGUUUACAAACAGCUCAUAGGAGCACCAUGCAUGUGGGACACCCUAUUUAAACCAGGACUUCUGAGCAAGACACUGGAGUCCCAGAUACCGGAACAUUCUUCUGCUGGAUGUUGCACAACGACAUGAUGAAUUUAACAAUAUAUGAAACAUAAUAUGAUAUAGCUCGUAUUAUUAUAUAUAAAAUGACAGUAUUGUUAUGGGUGGUAAAUCUGGGCGUUAAUCAAACAUCUUGGCAUUUUUUAACAAUGCAAAAUCAUGAUUGAAUUCUCCAUCAUUUGAUGUGAUGAGCACAGCUGUACUUUUGCUGGUUUACAGUAAAAGUUUGUUUUGCAUCCUUGCGUGCGCAUGCGGAUUUUCAUCUGACGCAAACCAAGGCCUUUUGACUAGAGAAUGCAAUGUUGAAUAGUUACCAGCAGGUGGCGUCGCGUUUAAGAAACCACCGAAGGCACAGAGAAAUAACAGAAAUAUUAUAGGUAAAGUCAGUUUUGCUCUCAGUGCAGCCGGCUGUAGCAGGUUAAAAAUUUCCUGAAGUAGCGGAAGAAACCGAAACCGUUUGCUCACCGUGAUGCAGGCUGUCUGAUCGUGCAUGUUUAUGGAUGUGCACGCUCGUAACUGUCAGUGUCUGAUUCUGUUUAUACAGUGUACUCUGUGCGUAAGGUAUAUAUUUCCAUUUGCCUAUAGUGUUCAAAUGAAAGAGAUUAUUUAUCAACACAGCACAACAAAGUCGUCCGCAUUUAACCCACGUGUAACAUAGCAUUCGUGGGGGCGGCACCUUGCUCAGGGUGUCAGUAAUACCUUAUUGAUCGAGGAUUCAAACUAACAAUAUGCGGUCUCAAGUAUGCUUUCUUACCAAUUAGACCGCCAAUAGUGUUCAUGUGCAUAUGACCAUGUGCUCGCCAGACUGUGGACCGUGUGGGUGUAGUGUGCUGUGCUGUGCUGUGCUGUGCGAUGCGGUGAGUCUGAGCGCAGCCCAUCUUACCUCGCUUAUCGCCCUCGAUCUACCCGGGCGGGGAGCGAAACGGGGCGGCGGAAACGCACAGGAAGCGGAGGUGGGAA